AUGCCGUCGCCAUCGUCGUCGGUGCCGGCCAGGCCGGAGAACGCCGCCGCCACGGCUGCGACAGCGAGCAACACUUUCCACGUGCUUAACUCUGGCGGCGGCGCCGGGGGACAUGCGAUCGCCGGCGGGGCGUAUGUGCAGGCCGCCGCGUUGCGUUCGCCACCGGUGCGCGGCUACGGCUAUCCAAGCACCGGCGUCGGCGUCCCGGCGCAUACUCCCGGUGGAGCGCUUGCCCCGCAGAUGCUGCAGCAGCUUAUGAUCUUGGCUGGCUGGGGUACCCGCCCGCCGCCAUGGCUCCAGAACUACGCCGCGUCCAUGUCCCCGCGGGGCCAGCCGCUGCUCCCCUCUCCCUCCGUGAGAGGCCCCGCACCCAUCCGGCCGCCAUCGUUCGCGCCGGGAGCCAGUGGCAGCAGCGUUGGUGCCGUCGUCGUCCAGAGCAGUGCCGCCGCCGGUAGGCACGGUCCUGGAGGUAGCAGCGCCAGCCGCCGCAAGCCGCCAAACGUGACGCCACUGCAGAUUACCGCCUCCGGCACCACGGGAUCAGCUUCAGGUAGCAAGAAGAAGGCGUCUCCAGCGGCAGGCGGCAACGCAGAUGGCGCGGUGCAGCGGCUGCCCCCUGUGCUCGCCAUGCCGACUACUGCUGGCGCGGUUGCCGCCGCGGCAAAUAAUGGCCGCGCCCGGAAGCGCGCGCCCAUGGACGGCAAGGACUACAGCGAAAAGCCGGAGUCGUCCAGGAAACACAGGCAGAGGGCCGCCGGCAAGCAGCGGGCGGCUGACAACCAGCCGGGCCCGACAAAAUCCGGCCCGAAUCCGCACGCGCAAAGCAACGAUCUUCAGAUCGCUCCUGGUUCGCCGCCGCCGCCGCCAAGCAACAUCAGGAGGAGGAAGAGCGCCGCGGCGGCCUCGUCGAGCAGCGGCAGAUGUAACCUGCUGGUCGCCAGGGGGAGGAGCGCGGUUGCGGCGCCUCCGGCGAAGAAACACACCGUACUGACCUGGCUGAUCGACGCCGGCUUCCUGUCCGACAGAGAGAAGGUGUUCUAUGUCCCAGGGGACGGCGGCGCCGAGAAGGUCGUCUCGGGCGCGGUAACCCGGACGGGCGUCCACUGCAGCUGCUGCGACGGCGUCGUGCCGCUGCCAGUAUUUGCGGCCCACGCCGGGCGUGAUCCCGGGCAGCGGCCGUGGGAGAAGCUCCUGCUCGUCUCCGGCAAUUCCCUCCUGCGGUGCAUGCAGGAGGCGUGGGAGAAGGAGAGGGUCAAGACCUUCCAGUCGCAGGAGAAGCUGAGAGCCGCGCUGGAGCAGGAGAAGGACAAGUGCUCGCAGGCCAGGAGGAGGCUCCUGGCGAAGCACAGGAAGGGGGUCGUGGAGAGGGUCAUUAUGUCUCCAAGGAUGAGGAAGCUGAGGUCAGGGGAGACCAAGGACUCAAGCGACGACGCCUGCGGCGUCUGCGCUGAUGGUGGGGAGCUCCUGUGCUGCGACAGCUGCCCCUCCACCUUCCACCCGGAGUGCCUCGCCGUCAAGGUUCCAGAGGGCUCGUGGGCGUGCCACUACUGUCGAUGCAUCCUGUGCAUGGGAAAUGAUGAUCAGGGCCUGUCCACAUGCCAACGAUGCAGUAGCAAGUAUCAUCAGCACUGCCGUCCCUUGCUGAACAAUGGGCAGGACAUCGGGGCGUACUGCAGCGAGACCUGCAAGAAGCUAUCUGCUCAGCUGUCAGAUAUGAUAGGAGUAACGAACCCCACCGAAGAUGGUUUCUCAUGGGCCCUCUUGAAGAUUCAGAAAGACGAAGUGGCCGGUUCCCAGGACAUGCCUCUCAUCCUUGAGGGCAACCUGAAGCUUGCGGUUGCGCUUGGCGUGCUGAAUGAGUGCUUUAACCCUGUGAAAGAUCGAAGAACUAAGAUUGAUAUGCUCCAUCAGGCUGUUUAUAGCCUAGGGUCAGAGUUUAAACGUCUAAGCUAUGAAGGAUUCUACACCAUGAUUCUAGAGAAGGAUGGAGAAAUCAUUUCAGCAGCCUUGCUUAGGUUCCAUGGCAGAAAGAUGGCGGAGAUGCCUUUCGCAGGCACGCUGCCGACUUACCGGAAACAGGGAAUGAUGCGUCGCCUUGUCAAUGCUGUGGAGCAGGUUUUGGCGUCAGUGCAAGUGGAGAGGCUGGUGAUACCGGCUAUAGCUGCUCUAGUGGACACAUGGAAGAGGUCCUUCUCCUUCAGGCCCCUGGAGCCCCAGUUCAGGGAGGACAUCAAGAGGCUGAACCUCGUGGUGAUCACCGGCACCACCCUGCUCUCCAAGUCCGUAGCCGUGCAACAUCGUGCACCAUCACCCCAACAAGAGCCAUGGUGGCGCAAGUACACGGAGCAGGCGGCGCCACUGACCGACGACGAGCUGGCGUUCCUGAAUAUGGAGCAGCCCUUGUGCAGCUUCACCGACCUGCUCACCGGCAAUGUGUCCCUGCACGAGCUGGUGGUCACUGGUGCCAAGUCGUCGUCGUCGUCGGUUCCCUCCGCGUCUCCUGGGAGCAGCAGCGCCGCCGGCCCACCGCCACCGCUACCGGCCGGCGGCUGGCGUUCUUGCGGCGAGGCGAGCGCGAUGGCGACCCUCCAGCCUGCCUAUGCGCACGGCAACGCCAAUAAUCUUCUCCAUGGCAUGGAGUGA